CACUCUGCUUACCCGGUUCGCUUGCCCGCGCCAUGAGGACGAGAAGCACACUACGAUUUGAGUUGAAGGUCUGCGCUUGAAGCAGAGGCACCAUGGAGACGAUAGCAGCAACCCCCAAAGGCGCAUCGCUGGCGUCGCCCAAGGUCGUGAAGAAUGCCAAAGGCAAUAUCGUGCCGAGUAGCCAGAUGGCACAUAUCGCAUACGGCUGUGAGCACAUGGGCGAAAUGUUCGAAAACGCGCGCAAGCAGACCCUGCAGCACUACCGGCUCAUCCUCCAGAAUAUCCACGAGAAACCGAGCAUAAUAGCGCAGACGUACAAUGAUUUGGCGGCGAAUGAAGGGAUGCAUGUUGUCAGCCUCAGGCCGCUGUUUUUGUGCCUACAGUGUCCGAGCAUCAUGACGGAGAGGGACAGGGAUCUGCACUUCGAGACCAAAAGUCACUGCUUUUCGGUGGAGUCAAGGGACGGGAACAUACACUGUGGGAACUGCCAAGAUUUCAUCUACGAUCCCGCGUUGGAGGUCUUGAGACUCCAGAAAGGCAAAAAGCGCAAAUACGAAGACACGACUACCACCGACGACCACAAGCUUGUCGUGAGCAACUCCACCUUCCUCCCAUGCCGCGCUAUUGGUCUCCGCGGACUAUAUAACAUGGGCCAGACAUGCUUCAUGAGCGUCAUACUACAAACCCUCGUCCACAACCCCUUCAUUCGGAACUUCUACCUCUCGGAAGGGCACAAGCAGACGGACUGCGAAAAGGAGGCCUGCGUUUCCUGCGCACUGGAUGAGAUGUUCGUUGAAUUCCACUCUGCGGAGAAGACAGAGGGAUUCGGUGCUGUGCAGAUGCUUAUGGGCAGUUGGUUAGCUGGAGAGGCUCUUGCAGGCUACCAGCAGCAAGAUGCGCAUGAGUACAUGCAGUUCAUCUUAAACACACUGCACCUUGCAAAUGGCGGUAACACCGACGAUGACUCUGAGGACUGCAGAUGUGUAGUUCAUCAAACGUUUUGCGGGAAGCUGUCGAGUACAGUAACAUGCGACAAGUGCCGGAACGUUACGACAGCGCUAGACCCGUAUAUGGAUCUCAGCCUCGACGUGCGGGGCCAGAGUAAGAAGCGGAAAUUUAACGCUAACAACGGUGGGGAGGAAGCGCCAGCUCUGGACCUGAGAGAUUGCCUUGACAGGUUCACAGUCAAAGAGAAAUUCGCCGAGUACACAUGUAGGAAUUGUGACAGCUCGCAGAACGCAACGAAACAGUUGAGCAUCAAGCGAUUGCCGCCGGUUCUCUCCAUUCACCUGAAGCGCUUCGAGCACACCAAAUCCACAUCCUCAAAGAUCGAGACGCCCGUUCGCUUCCCAGUGAAAUUGGACAUACACCCGUACACGACCCAGCACAAGGCUCAACUGAGAGUUGCGAAAGCCUCUGGUACGCCUAUUGCGAUACAAAAUAUGAACUCGCCAGCGAAUAGCUUAAUUUAUGAGCUUUCGUCUGUCAUUGUGCAUAAAGGCAAGAUUGACUCUGGACACUAUGUUUCAUACUCAAGAGAAGGGAAUGAUUGGUUCAUGUUCGAUGAUAGCAAAGUCGUGCUUGUUAGUGAGGCCGACGUUCUUGCUGCAGAGGCGUAUCUUUUGUUCUACAUGGUUGGUGGCCUGGAAGUGUAGGCUGCAACCUUGCUCGUAUAUCUUUGCUCGCCCGUUUCCGUCGUGGGCAUAGGCCCUUGUCAUGUUUGUGUGUUGGGCUAUAUAUAGCCCGGAGUUGAAGGAUCGACGUUUCUUGAGGUGCAUUUUUGGCGUUCUACUGGCAUAGGAGGUAUGUAAUACCAGCAGCAUGGCGCCUGGCGACUAUGGAAAGUCGAAAGUUACUGGAUUUGAGGGAAUUUCCGGGUUCUGAGGAGUAGAAGGAUUACUGCAUCAAACUCUUCUUUUCACACUCUCAACCACUUCUUCCGUAUUGGCUGAAAUGACGGAAGUGCGCAGUAGUCGACGAAUUGUUUGUCAUCCAGGUUCUUUUUACAAACACGACACUCGAGGCGAAUCUGACCAGAUUUGCCGCUAGGUAGUUUAGCCGUGAUCUAUAUAAGAUGUGAGUAUGCCUUACGGUCCCGCGCUUUGGCAGG